AAUCUUCAGUUUCGACUACAUUUACUAAUGUGGACCUUUAUAACCCUUUUGUUUUUAGCCGAAGACAAAGAUUUCCAUUUACAACAACAACAAUUGUAAAAAUCAAGGUCCAACCAAGCAUAUUACCAGCGCAUUUACAAAUAUUACCCUUAAUGUGUAAAUAAUCUGAAUGGACUUUUGAACGGCAUUCACUAACCGAGUUUUACGAGUGGCCUCCAGGCCGCAUGGGUGCGCUAGAACACAAACAGGGAGUCACUCGGAAGUCUUUACCACACGAAGGAUGUUUGAAUUAUUUUUGAUUCUGCGGACUCCUCUCAAUACUGAAAACUUUCAUAUUUAUUUUGUGCACUGUACAGCGUGUGCCUGAGUUUACCUUCGAAGUGCUCACUGACAUUAUGCCAACGACAAACAGAAAGAAGCAGGGGAGGGACACCGCGGUACAGGGGACCAACGACAGCAGUGUGGUGAGCAAGGUGUCUGCUGCAGCGCAGGGCUACUUCCAGGAUGUCUUCCUCCAACACUUUGUGUGCAAAGCGGCCAGAAGAGCCCCGCUCAUCAACAGGGGCUACUAUGUGCGCUGGAGAGCCGUGGACCACUGUGUGAGGAGGUUCCUUCACGUUACUGACAACUGCCCAAAGAGACAGAUUCUGUCUUUGGGCGCAGGGUUCGACUCUGCGUAUUUUCGCCUCCGCGCAGAUGAAGCGCUGGACAGGGCCGUUGUGUUUGAGGUCGACUUUCCUGACGUCACUCGCCGCAAGGCUGCCCUGAUCAAUUCUGAUAACACGCUGAGGGGGAUGUUGGACCCCCCCGUGACUUCUUGUACAGGGCCUGAAUGUGUGUCCAGCGGUCGGUACCGUCUGCUAGGGGUGGAUGUUAGAGAGGAGUCCCAGGUGGAAGAGGCUCUGAGUGCAGCGGGGCUGGACUGGGCUGCCCCCACCCUAAUUCUCUCUGAAGUGGUGCUUACCUACAUGGAAACAAAGUGGUCGGAUGCUGUCAUUAGUUGGACAGCGAAGCUCCUGCCACAGUCCCUCUUCGUUAUGUACGAGCAGAUACAUCCACUUGAUCCCUUCGGUCGGAUCAUGCAAGAUCAUUUCCUGAAACUAAAUUCGACUCUACACGCCCUUCUCCAAUACCCGGACACUGCUGCACAGAGGCACCGGUUCCUGGACAAGGGCUGGGAGCAGUGUGUGUGUCUGGAUAUGAAUGACUUCUACUUCAGGCUGGUCCCUGAGGAGGAGAGAGGCAGAGUGGAGAGCCUGGAGCCUUUCGAUGAAUAUGAGGAGUGGCACCAGAAAUGUUCCCACUACUUCAUCCUUACUGCAUCUCGAGGCGCUUUGAUGACACAGGCUUUACUGUCACAAGCUCCAGUGCCAUCCAUUUGCCCGUCUUGGAGCCCCACAGCCCUGAGCGUGCAGACCGUACCCGUUAGUAUGGAGGGUCUGGGGAUGGCUUCCACGUCGGUGAGCCCGGGGCAGGUCCUGCUGACAGGAGGCUCUAGCAGAGGAGGCAGGGGGCCAGCGACUAGGACCCUCCUCUGGGGCCAGAAAGGCUGGAGAUCUGUCAGUGUAGAACCAUCAGUAGAUUUGGGGGUUCGCCUCUACCACAGCGCUACCUCUCUUCCUGGAGGAGGUGUGGUGGUAUACGGGGGCCGCUCAUCUCCGCUCAACCCAAUCGGAGGCCUUUUCAGAGUAACCCUGGACACCGGCGGCCCCCCUGUUGCACUCGACUCAGAGGACCGAGACACUGCGAAACUUUGUGUGGAGCAGAUGGUCUGUACGGGGGAACCACCAGCGCCACGAUGGAGGCACACUGCUACUGCUGUCAGUCACAAAGGUAAAGACUUUCUGAUUGUGUUUGGUGGAAAGAAUGAAUCUGAGGCAGCUCUGGGUGACUGCUACUUCCUGUGUCCAGACCAGCAGCACUGGACUGAGAUCCCGGUAGAGGGCUCAGCACCGGAGGCCCGCCAUACCCACUCGGCAUGUUCAUAUCAGGGAGGUGUGGUGGUGUUUGGAGGACUGGACCGAAGGGGAUUACCACUGGGGGACACAGCCCUGUUAAGGCCAACGGACAGAGGCUUCUCCUGGGAAAGAAUAGAGGUGCAGCCCUCUCCUGUUCCCAGGUACUCUCAUUCUGCCCAUUUGAUUGGUGAAAAGCUGCUUGUGGUUGGUGGAGUUUGGCUGCAUUCGGAUGGUGUACCAGGUGUCGCCAUGAUCAACCUCACCACGCGCAGCAGUGUGGAGUUCAGCCUGGACACGACGUCGGUGCCCUGGCCUCUGAUGCUCCACUCGUUCUGCUCCGAGCUGACCGACUCCGAGGAACCAGAGCUGCUCCUGAUAGGCGGGGGAGGAAACUGUUUCUCUUUUGGGACUCACUUCAACCUUCAGCCUGUCACUGUGGACCUCAGACCUGCGCUGGGAUGAAGUAAAGUGUUUCUAUGAAACGGUUAAGCCGCUCAAAUCAAUGACUUAAAAACGGUGGCGGUCCGAACUCCAACCAUCAGUCAUCUCAGACAGGACGAAAUGGAUAAACUUGAACUAUUUGGAACAGUUUGAAUAGAGCUUACUUCUCCAGACACGUCUUAUUGUUAACUGUCCCCUGGCGUGUGUUAUGUCUAAGUAAAGCGUGAUUUAUGCUUCUGCGUUAAAUCGACGCAGUGGGUACGUACGUAGGUACGUGGAGAAACGGACCCUACGCCGUAGCCUGACGUGCAACUCUUGAAAGAUUUUACUAAACAGAAAUCACAGAGGAGACUGCUAUUCUCUUAGAGAUCGACGCACACACCAACGCACAGGUAUAAACUUUAGGCCACUUGCGUAGGCUACGGCGAAAGCUCUGCGUGGAGCCUCCGCAGAGCCAUAAAUCACGCUUUAGAAGUAUACAAGGGCACAAAAGGUUCGAAAGACAUUAAACAACUCAUGUUUGGGAAAUCCAAAGAAAUGUCUUCAGUCCGCUUUUACUGGGCAGGUUGUUUUAUUCGUGAGACCACAGUUCAAAAUCACAAAAUAGUCAAAUAAAAAUCAUAAGUCAAAUAUCGA